CCCCCCACACUCUGCUACUGCCGCUGCUCCCUCGCCUCGCUCAGUCCGUCCGUCCCCUCCUCCUGCUCGCCUCCCUCUCCUUGAACCCACAGACCGCGCAGCGCGCAGCGCAGAGCACCGCGCCGCGCGCUCGGCUCUCUCCCGCCUCCCCCACCACGACCCUCCAACGCCGCCGGCGCCCCGGGGCUCACACCUCGCAUUGCGCGCGACGUGGGCGGCCGGCUCACACAGGCGCCCGGCUCCGUGUCCUCCGCCGGGUUCUUUGGAUUCACUUCCUUUCUCCCAGGUGCCAGCCAUCCCCUCCCCCAUUUAUUUCCGCUGCCCCUCCCCGGCCCCCGGGCGUUCCCGCACGGCCCGGCCAUUAACUCCCGCCCGCUCGCCCGCCACCGGCAUUGAUCCGGCCGGGCGUCGUGAGCUGGGCGUCUGGUGGGCGUGAUUGCAGGAGCUUUCUCUCUUUACAGGCUCGUGCCGCCGGCCUCUUUUUGGGCCGUCUUUAAUAAUCCUCGCCUCUGCUUCCUGAAUCUUGCGGACGGUCUCUGCUUCCGUUCUUGAUCUCGUUCCCCCACCCCCAAAUACGCCAUCCGUCGGUCCUUCUUUUCCCCAUCAAUCGCCUCUCGAGGGAUUCUUGCUCCUUUUGGUCCGAGCCGCCGAGCAAUUCUUGGGAAUUCCUGCUUCUCCUUCCCAGUGUGGAAUCUUCCAAACAAGGGGCGAAAAAAGGGGGAGGGAGAGGAAGAAUCCGCCCUCCUCCCUUUUGCUUUAGGAUAUCUAUAUAAACUGUUCUUAGUGGGGGUACUGGAAAAGGGGGGCGAAAUUGGGAGGGGAUUGGAGGGAGGAGCCAUCCCAUCCCUGGACCUGUAUGAGGAAGCAUUGAGACAAUGAGAGAUGAGACUCCAACCAAGAACAGGCUGUCCUGGUCCAAGACCAUCGUUAGGAAGUGGUUCAACAUCAAAACAAAGGCCAAGGACUUCCAUUCGGAUUAUGGAGUCGAACAAGUGGGGAUGCAGUGGAGGACCAGCUUCUCAGAGAGGGAUGUAUGCAAGACCAAGAAGAGCAGAACAGAGAGGUUGCCCAGGAAGAACUCCGAUCGAGACUGUCGAGCAGGAAACGGGAUCGACCGCGCCUACAUCACAAACACGCAGGACUACAGGGUCUUUGCUGGUACAUGGAAUGUGGGAGGAAGGUCACCAUCCAGUCAUCUGAACCUGGAGGACUGGCUCCAUACUUCUCCUGCUGCUGAUAUAUACGUCAUUGGGUUUCAGGAAAUUGUUCCUUUGAAUGCUGGCAACGUCCUGUUGACCGAAGACAACGGUCCAGCCAAAAAGUGGGUUUCUCUUGUGAGAAAGACGCUAAAUAAUCUAGAUCUCCAGGGCUCUGCUGGGUACAACUACCAUACCCCGUCGCCGGCUCCGGAACCUAUCGCGGAGCUUAAUGUUGAUUUCGAGAGAUCAUCGAGGAGGCAAAAGAACUCUUCGUUCUUCCAUCGGCGUUCAUUUCAGUCCUUGGGUCGAAGCUCAAGAAUUGACAUGAUGGAUCCACACUCCCUAGUGGACCGACGGUUCAGUGUUUGUGACCGGAUUAGCUUUGGGAGCAGGCCGAGCGAUGUUGACACCAGUAUGAGGUGCGGUGGGUCCUCUGAUGAUGAGAAUAUGGACGAGGAAUCACCUGGUGGCACCUUCUUCUCACCAAUGCCAUGUGGAUAUGGUGCUCCACUAUCAACAGAUGACAAUAACAGACGGUUGGUAAACUCCAACAGGUAUUGCUUAGUUGCUAGCAAGCAAAUGGUUGGGGUUUUCCUAAUGGUAUGGGUGCGGAGUGACAUAAGGGAGCAUGUGAAGAACUUGAAGGUGUCAUGUGUUGGAAGAGGCUUGAUGGGAUAUCUUGGAAAUAAGGGAUCGAUAUCAAUUAGCAUGUCUCUGCAUCAGACAAGCUUCUGCUUUGUUUGCACACACUUGACAUCAGGUCAAAAAGAUGGCGAUGAACUUAGAAGAAAUGCGGACGUGGUGGAAAUAUUGAGGAAAACCAGAUUCCCACAUGCUCAUGGUGCACGCGACGAGAAGUGGCCAGAGACAAUCCUUGACCAUGAUCGAAUAAUAUGGCUCGGGGAUCUGAAUUACCGGAUAGCUCUUUCCUAUCGCUCUGUGAAGGCUUUGGUUGAGAUGCACAAUUGGAAACAAUUGUUGGAAAAAGAUCAGCUUCGUAUAGAGCAAAGGUUCGGUCGGGUAUUCGCGGGCUGGAAAGAAGGAAGGAUUUACUUUCCACCCACGUACAAGUACUCGUACAACUCCGACAGAUACGCAGGCGACGACAUGCACCCAAAUGAGAAGCGGAGGACACCCGCAUGGUGCGAUCGGAUUUUAUGGUAUGGCAGAGGCCUAAACCAACUAUGUUACGUCCGCGGCGAGUCUAGAUUCUCGGACCACAGGCCUGUAUACAGCAUUUUCACGGCGGAGGUUAAACUGCCGAGCCAGGCCCAGUUCGGCAGCUUCACUCGGUCCAGCUCCCUAAUGGGGGUGGAUGAACUGCCAUAUCCAACUUAUCCACGCAGUUACACAGAUAUCAACUUUUACUGAUUGUGCAUCCCCACGGAGCCAAGACAUUCUUUCUUCGGUGCCAGAGUAGGAGUAGGCCUGAUGUCUGAUGAAACUUCAUUCCUCCCAAGAUUCCAGCAACUGGAAUAUUUUCCAGGCAACAGGUACCUCACCUCUGACCGUUGUGCAGAUUGCAGAUACUCUAGCCAAGAAGAUGGCUUGUAAUUCCAGAUUUAGGUAGGAAGGUUUGCGCCGUUCGUUCUGCACAGUUUUGAUUGAUUCUAACCAUCUCCGGGCGGACACAAACGCAACCAAAAUGCAAGAUAGUUGUGGUCCUGAUUUGAGCUAGCAGUACGAGUAGCCACUGACAGCCGAAGCUAAUUUUGUGGCGUGCCUUUUGGAUUAUUUUUUUCCUUUUCCCGAGCGGUUUGUGACUCUGGAAGGGAAGGCUUGUUUUUCUUUUUCCUCUCCGUUUUUUUGCUUGGUCUCGUGAUGUAACAAGAGCCGCUUGGCUCAGCUCGGUCAUUUUUAGUCAAUAGAAAGAAACAGCCACCAUUUGUACAGCA